GCCCACCUCGCGGGAGUAGGUGGGAGCGCCGGCAGGGGACGGAGUCGAAUGCGCCUGCGCAGUGAGGCGGCGGGAGCGGCUGCGCGCCGGGGCGGGGCCGCCGCCCGUCGGUUGUUGUAGUAACGGGGAAGCGGCGGGAGGGGCCGGGGCUGCCUUGUGCGCCCGGCCCGGCGCGGCCCAGCUGUGCAGGGGCAGGUAACUGCUCUUGCAUCUAGGACUGGGCUGUAUGAAAACUCCCAAAGGAAAUGCCAGUUGGGAUGGCUAAAGAUCUGGAGGAAACUGGCUCAUCCUCAGAGGAGGAAGAAGAUCCUGUAGAUGCACUGGAGGGUCAUCCAUGUAUCAAGUGGACAGGUGGUGGCUGCAGGCGGGUCCCUGUCUUGGUGUUUCAUGCUGAAGCCAUUCUGGCUAAGGACAGCUACCUCCGUCUAAUUGGAGAGCGCUUCCACAUGUCCUAUAAGAUUGUGCGGACAGAUAGCCGGCUGGUUCGGAGCAUUCUGACUGCCCAUGGAUUCCAUGAAGUUCACCCUAAUAGCAGUGAUUACAAUCUCAUGUGGACAGGAUCACACUUGAAGCCCUGUUUGCUGCGUUCCCUUACAGAUGUUCAGAAAGUCAACCAUUUCCCUAGGUCGUAUGAACUGACACGAAAGGACAGGCUAUACAAGAAUGUCUGCCGAAUGCAGCUCACCCAUGGGUUCAAGACAUUCCAUAUCUUACCUCAGACCUUCAUCCUCCCAACAGAGUACCAGGAGUUCUGCAAUACCUAUUCUAAGGACAGAGGCCCAUGGAUAGUGAAGCCUGUGGCCUCUUCCAGAGGUCGAGGUGUCUACCUGAUAAAUAACCCAAACCAAAUUGUAGUGGAAGACAACAUCUUGGUGUCUCGUUACAUCAGCAAUCCCUUGCUCAUAGAUGAUUUCAAGUUUGAUGUGCGUCUCUAUGUUCUGGUUACAUCCUAUGAUCCCCUUGUCGUCUAUCUCUACGAGGAAGGAUUGGCCAGAUUUGCAACAGUGAGAUAUGACCAGGCAUCCAAGAACAUUAAAAACCAGUUCAUGCAUCUGACCAACUACAGUGUCAACAAGAAGAGUGGAGAUUAUGUCAGCUGUGAUGAUCCUGAAGUAGAGGAUUAUGGAAACAAGUGGAGCAUGAGUGCAAUGCUGAGGUACUUAAAACAAGAGGGGAGAGACACUGCAGCACUGAUGGCCAACGUGGAGGACUUGAUUAUCAAGACUCUAGUUUCUGCUGAGCUGUCCAUUGCAUCAGCUUGUAAAAGUUUUCUUUCACAUCGUGGCAGCUGCUUCGAGCUAUAUGGUUUUGAUGUCCUUAUCGAUGACACUCUGAAACCCUGGCUGUUGGAAGUGAACCUGUCCCCAUCAUUGGCCUGUGAUGCUCCUUUGGACCUGAAGAUCAAAGCUAGCAUGCUUUCAGAUAUGUUCACUCUUGUAGGCUUUGUAUGCCAAGAUCCAGGCCAGCGGUCAAGCCGGAGCAUUUAUCAUUCGUCUGAAUCUGUCAGAAGAAAUCCAUACCAGAAGCUGCAGCGUCCUGUGUCUGCACAGUCACCAAGAGCAAACAGCAGAUCACAUACCCGUCCUCUGUCUGCCAGUGAUGCUGAAGUUAAGAGCUCGAUGCCCUUAGGCAGGGAAAAGGCAUCAGGAAGGCACAGCAGCUCUAUGCUAGGCCUCUCCAUGGAGGAGAUCAAAGUUCUUCGGCGAGUGAGGGAGGAAAAUGAACGGAGAGGAGGCUUCAUCCGGAUAUUCCCUACUCCAUUAACAUGGGACCUUUAUGGAUCCUUUCUGGAGCACAAGACAUCAAUGAACUACAUGCUGGCUACACGUCUGUUUAAAGACAGGAGCAAGACAAAAAGAGAGUUCAUCCCUGGAAGAUCCCGAGCAGGUCUCCAUGGAAGGCUGGAUAGGAGGAUGGAAGCUGUGGGCUCUCAUGCUCUCUUUUAUGAGAGGAAGCUCGUUUCACUGGAGUUACGGAAGCGGCGGCGGUACCAUGGCAAGGUUGGAGCAGCCCAGACAAGAGCAUCAGGCACAUCAGAACCAGCAAAGUUGUCCCUCAAGUCAGACACAGAAGGUGAGGAGGAAGAAGAGAUGGAUGAGGAUGAAGAUGUAGAUGGAAGUGUUUGUUCGCUUUCGGACACCCAGGUGAAAAACAAGCCAAAGCUCUCUGACUCAGUGAAAACUGCUUGUAAGGAGAGGUUACCAAAAAAACAUAACAAAAAAACUGGAGAUGGAGAAAAGCUGUUUCUGCAAAAACCAGACUCAAAAUCUCAGUUUAACUUGCUUCAGAUUCUUCAAAAUCAAGGAAACUUGAGCAAAGUACAAGCUCGUACAGCUUUCUCUGCCUAUCUACGGCAUGUUCAGCUCCGACUGGUGAAGGAGGCUGGAGAACAGAUCCAGAAUCCUGCCUGGGCUGCCAAAGAGGAUGAGCAAAUGGACCUCAUCAUCCGCUUUCUGAAGCGAGCUGCCAGCAACCUCCGUCCGUCCCUGAGGCUGCUGCUCCCCAGCCGUCACGUAGGGCUGACGGAUCGGCGGCGCAUCCUGGCUCGCCAGCUGGGCGAGUUCAUCAUCUCUUACAACAAGGAAACAGAGCUGAUGGUUCAGAAACAAUCAAAAAAGAAACAGGAAGAGGAGGAGGGAGUGAAUCCUAAAGAUUUUCAGAGCUUCAUUGCCAGAGCAAGUGAAAGUGACCUGGAGGAAGUACUGACAUUUUACACACAGAAAAACAAAUCAGCAAGUGUCUUCCUAGGAUCAAAAUCCACAACCACAAAACACAGCAACAGCAGUCACCAGUUAGAGAAGCAGCCCCAAGGUGAGCAUCCUGAGAUGGUGAAAAAAAUAAAAGGCGAUCACCCCAGAAGUUCUGUUGCAGAUUUGUCUGAAGAAGGAGCGCUAAAAGGCUGUAAACCCAAAGAAGCUAAAUCAAGCUUUCCAGAAGGACUCACCUUCUCCUUAAAUGCCGAAGCGAAAUUACCUCAGUGCAGCCCUCCUGGUGCUUCUUCCUCUGUUUCUGGUGCCACAUUCCAGAGGAGUACCAGUUCUUGGAUGCCAUCUCAGCCUGCAGCCUCUGAAAAUCCAAAGGUGUCUGGUCAGCCUUCAUUGCCGGCUUCUCCAGCUGGUCCCAGACUGAUUCAGUCCCCACCCCCACUACACUCCUUGCAGAGCACAGCUCCUGAGAGCUCUUCUGUCCUCACAAGCUCCAUGUCCACUGAGACUUGUAGCCUGGCAGGGUUACAUCGUCGUUCUGGUAACUACACCAUUGGCCCAUUCUCAUCUUUUCAGAGAGCUGUUCAGAUCUACAGCCAAAGAUUGUCCCAAAUACCCUCUGCAAAAGUAGGUCUCCAUCGCAGCUCCGGCGGGCAGUCUGUGGGCGCAGCCAGGAUGCACAAGGAUGCAGAACACACUGCCCAGGGCAAACGUCAUGGGCCCACUGUGGCAGCAGCAGAACUGCAGCAGCUGGCAGAAAAGCAAGCAGCCUGCCAGUAUUCCCCACCAAGCCACGUCAGUCUUGUUACACAGCAGUUAACAAACCUGGACUUGGCAAGUGGAGCUAUAAGCAAGGGGAAUGCAGCUGCCCCACAGAGCUACUGGUCACCACUCAAAAAAAGAGGGUCACUGUGGCCUGUUCAGUCAGACACUCAUAGAGAUGACAAAAGAUCUGUCUCUUCAGCAGUCAGGGCUCCAGAGAAUCAUAAUUUUGCCUUGGAAGGAGAGCUGGAGAACAGCGUCUACAAGGUGACACGGGGUCCUGCGGCACAUCCCAGCUAUCAGCUUCAAUUUGCUGUGCAGCAGCUUCAGCAGCAGAAACUUCAGUCAAGACAGCUGGUGGAGCAAAACCAAGCACGGCAACAGGCUGUUUUUGCCAACUACUCACAAUCCAGCACCAGUCUUUUAUCUAUGCCAGCUGGCUCUGAUGCCCGCAAGACAUCAAAUGCCACUUCUAGUAUCCAGAAGGCAGCCAGUUUGCACAAAGUGAUGCCAUCCCAGAGUACAGCUCCUCAGCUGGUUCCAAAGCCUCCAACAAACCACAGACAGGCAGUGAUUAAAAAGGCUGCAGCCCAGAGGAUAUCCAAUUUGACCUCCACUGAAAAGGAACUGAAUGGAUUCCAGAACAGCCUUCACAGUGCUGUACCCUGUGAGCCAGGGACGUGUUCCACAGCUUCUGCUCGCAGAGAAGGAUUAACACAGAACUCCAGGUGAGGAAUCCCAAGAGUUGCUUCAAGUAUGGGACAAAGGAAGAAGCAGCAGCAGAUGUGACUUCACACCAUCACAUUCCUGUAUCAGGCAAAAAAGAGAGAAGAGGAGGCCUUGGUGAGAGAACAACUCACUGAAAAGAGUAUCUAAACAUCUGUGAAGGCAGAUUGUGGUGAUACACCUGCAAGCUGAGAUGAAUGAAUGCUUCUGAGAGCUUCUGCUGCUGAGUCUUUGUCCCUUCCUUCCAUUUCUUCCUGAUCGCUAACUAUGAGAUCUUUCUGUAAGACAAGACAUCUUUCCUGCAGCUAUUCUUCCUAAAGUCCAGGUUUGAACAUAGUCUCACUUGCUCAGCCAUUUCAAUCUGUUAUAGUCUGGUAGUAGCCAAGAUUCCAUACUUUCAUCACAUGGCAACCAUCAGCAGAGAAAAAUACUAGAACAUGCGACUGGAGAUGUCUAUGUUGGUUGCCAUCUUGAAUUUUGGCACAGAGCCAUAGAAAUUAACAGUUUAAAUAAAGUAAUUUCAUUUGUUUGUUUUGGUUAUAAUUUCAGUUAUUGAUUCACAUGCCCGAAAUAUUUGUUGUUGUUAUACUGGACAGGAUUUUAAAUCUGUCUUUGUUUCACUGUAAGAUACUUGUAUUCUGUGUGGCUUAUUUUGUAUUUUGAUUUCUGUUUGUUUUGACUUGGUAAACUUUUUAAAUUGGCUGAUGUUUUCAGACCCAGGCUUGAACCCUAAGGCCCAGGUGGCUCUUAUCAGUUGCAAUAGUGUCUUGGUGAAGCAGUCCAGUUAAAAUUUGCCUAGUGUUACGAAAAUUAGUUUGCUUGUGUUAGAAAACAAUGUCAGCAGCUGGAAAUUAUACUGGAGAGAAGAUCCAUCCAUCCUUAAAAUGAACAGGAAGCAGCUUCAGCUCUGGCUCUUUGUUGGUGCCAAGUUAAAGGAAAACUCAGUAUUUUGCAACUUCUGCCUUGUCCAACAGCAAGGGGUGUGAUUGAUAGUUCUCAAAGGUAAAAAAUGUUCUAUUGCUUGUAUCAGAGUCUUCAGAGAUGGGAAUUGACAUCCUGUUUGAUCUCUUUUCUUACUCCACUUUCCCCUGUCUUUUGUAGUCAGUGUUAAGAGAUCAUUCAGAUAUGUUGACAAGUAGAUAGUGAUCAACCCAAAGGACUGACAAAAAAACUGUGUCAGAGAAGGAAGGUGUUUUCUCUUGAAAUGAUUAUGUUCAUGUUCACUCUUGAAUUCCACAUAUUUUCUGUCACUCAAGGCCAGAAAAAUUGUGAGAAGGUUAAAUAAUUAUGUUCAUACCUUGCUAGUUUCACCAUCACUCACUUCAGGCAUGAAUUAAUAGGACAGAACAUGCAUUUUUCUGUUUCUGGUACACUCACACAUGUGACACACUGAGUACUUCACUUGUCUGAAGUGCAGCUCUCUGAUACAGCUGUUCUCUUCCUUAGCUUAUCUUUUAUUUCCAUUAGACGGUCAUGAUCACGUUCUCUUUCUUCACAUUUUUGUUGGCUCAUGAUUAGUGAAAGUUUAGCUGCAGAAGUUGUUACUUCAGACUUGUGCACAUUCUUAGCAGCUAUGGGCUUCAGGACCUUAGGUCUGUCUUCUCACAGCCUACUCUGCUAUGUGUGGUAUUGGCUAUUGCCUCCCAGCUCGGUCGGAGGGGCUAUUUCCAUGUAAGAUUGAGCUUCAGUAAGUAACAAUUCUAGUCCUUUCUUCCUCCCAAAGGAUCCGAGUUAUCCUUAUUCCACUGGGUUUUAGGUACAGGAUUGAAUAGCUGUAGGAUAUGCAUCCUCAUGGACCUCUCAUCUCUGCUUUUGUUUUCUAGUUUGUUUGUUCAGGUUAUCACAGCCACUACUGAAAAUUGUAGAGAGGUUUGUAGGAUAAAGAUUUAGUUAGCUCAGGAAAGGUGAUUGUCUUAUAGGAAUCAUUGUCAGAAACAACAUUCUUACAUCUUUGUCAAGAAAAUUACCAAUUAGUGCUGGCUUAUUAUGAACACAGGUGAACUGUUUUGUCAACUUUGCCAGUCUCACACCCACUCAUUUUGGGAUAAUGAUUUGAACUUGGUUACAGACAUUUUUCCUGAACUUCUUUGUGUUGCAUGUUAGAUGUAGCCAACCCCCACAUCUGUAACUGUGAUGACUUAGUAGCAGUAUAUUAAAUAUCCUGUCUCUGAGAUUUUUUAAAUAUUCAGGAAAAUGCACAGUGCAGUCUAAGACCCUUAUUUUGAAGGGACGAGUUUUGUCAGGAGCAGUGAGGACUUUUCCCUGAGAAAAUUUUUCUCUUGCUUCCAAGAAAUAAAAAAAAAAAAACAACCAAGGAGUAUCAAGACGGGUCCUUUACCUGAAGCCAAGCAUCUAGACCAUGAAUUCCUGCUUAUUCUCAGGAUGUGCUCAGCCAGAGCAUCAAAUGACAUAGCAGUAUUCCUUUGUCUUGAGUAUCUGCUGAUCCCAUCACUGAACACAAAUGCUGAUACACUGGGAACAUAUGCAAUAGAGAGUCAGGAACAAAUUCUGCGAUUCCAGAUGCUUAUUUUUUCCACCCCUCUGUAUUCUUCAGCCUGGAGUCCAUGUGUCUUUGUGCAUGGUGGGUACUGUGUCUGAAGGGUAGCACAUAUUUUGUCUCUUUCCAUAAGCCUCUUAGUACUGCAGUUAAGAGUUUCAGUGAGGAAGCAUAGGACUGUUUACCACCCAUCUUGGGAGAGAAGGCAUUUUACAGAAAGUGUUUUCUUCUACAAGGGAGGGAAGUAGAAUAGUAAUCAUUUUGGAUAUAUAGUAGUUGCACAAGCAGAGUACAGUUACAUGUUCCUCAAGUGUGAUUUAUUUUUUCUGUAUUCAUCAAUGGUUCCAUCACAAGUGUCCUUCUUCACUGCAAGACAAUUACUAACAGAAAGCCCCAACAAUCAUUCAGCAUCUAUCUCAGUGGUGACAGUGAAUAAUGUUAUCAAAGGAUCCCCCUCUUCUGUGAUAUUUAUAUCACUUCUGACUUAAUUACAGAGCCUGUUGUAGUGACAGAGAAUCAGGCUUGUUAGACUUGAAAGCAGUAAUGUGCACAUCAGAGUCCUGGAGGCUGAGCUAAUGAAGAGUUCCUACAGCAUUUAUGCUGUGUUUAGGUGAUGAGCAUACCACAACAUAAAAAUUAAGGGUGGGGUUAUUAAAUUCUCUCCUUUCCAGAAGAGCUGACUUGUGCUCAAUUUGUGAAAUAUCAAGUUUCCUUUUCACGUGUUUUAUCUUGACCUUUAAAACAGCCUCACAAGGCAUGUGAGUGCCAUCAGUGGGAAGAUCAUGUUGAGACCCUAGACAAACCACUUAGUCUUGGAUGCCAACAAGAUAUACUGAAAUUUCUAUUCACAAGAGUAGGUGGGUUUUUUUUGGACAAUCAUGAUUUCUUGGAAAUGCUCCUUACUAUGAUGCCUGCAAGGUCAAGAGAUGUAGCUCUGAUACUGUUCCAUGUUGUGGAAGGAAGUUUUUGUAUCAAGACCUUUGUUUACUAGUAGGAAUGUCAGUGCUGUGCCUUUUCCUCAUAACAGAUAUUCUCCAUAUGCAUGGAGUUGAAUGGCUGGCAGUGCUAGACCAUUCUUCUUUACCUGAGGAGCUCAUUGAUGUACAGAUGGCUUAAGAGAACAGACUUGUAUUCUCAGCAUGCAUUCUCUAAGACCUGUACCUUGUACUAAAACAACACUUCCUGUAAUUUUGGAUUAUUUGCUGGAAACAAAAGUUGUCUGUCUUUUAUUUUAUUUUUUAUGAUUUACUUGAUAAAACUGCCAAAGAAUUUUUACCUCAGUCAGUUCUAUAUUUGCUGAUAAUCCUGGAUUCACUGUUUGAAUCUGAAUGGUUUAUUCACUGGUAUAUAAAUAGUUGGAUUUUUUUGGUUGUAGUAAGUGGCUGAUUGAUCCUCUUCAAAUUAUUUCCUUUCUGAACACAUUAUUCUCAUGGUUCUAUUGUAAGUUUCUUCCAAAAGAAGCUUCUCAGCUUUAUUUAAAUCUGGGGCUGGGCUUUUUUUUUUUUUUUUUUCUUCUAGAACCUCAUGUUUCUAGAGCCGAGACAUCCUUGUUUACAGCAAACAUCAGGAGAACCUUGUUUUACUUUACAGAACUGAGAUUGCUUAUACCAACAGUUUAAUAUUCAUAGUUUUCUUCAUGCAGAAAGUGGUUAAUUGGAAAAGAGGUGAGCAAGGGGUAUGUAAGGGAGAAGUUGAAAAAGGAACAAUAGUUCACCAUCACAAGUUUCAAAGAAAAAGAAUAAAGAAAGUGGGGGGAGAUAGCAACUCUUUUUCCACAGUACAUACUUGACCUGUGGAAUUUCUUGUUACAAGAUGUGAAUACAAAAAAAGAGUAUGUGGUUUGAAAAGACAAGUAGACAAAUCCAUGAAAAAGUAAUCUGUUAGGGCAUAUGAAAUAUUAAAACUGAAAAAUAGGAAGUUUCUAAGAUUUUUCAAAUUAUUAUUCUGGGGAAGUCUCACAAUGGGCUGUUCCAAUUUUUAACUUGUGCAUCAGGCAUGGGCUGUUGACCUCUGUCCAACAAGAGCUAAGCUAGGUUGUCUUGCAGUCUGACUUUGUAUGGGUUUUUUAUUUUGACAGUUGCAGUACAGACUACUAGAACAGCCAGGACAAAGCUACUUUCCUGACAAUGGCAUGUUCCACCAGAAUUCAUCCUGUGGUCCUUGAGUUUUCUCAAGAAAAGUGUCUGUUGCUGACAUAUGCUAAGGUGUCACAUGCAGCUUGUGUAUGCUUUCGCCUGGCUGGGCACUAUAUAUUGCAGAGGCUUUCAGAAUGAUGAAACUUUUAGAAGCACGUAAGGGACACCAAGAUCCACCUCUACACAAAUGGGGAUUUUCGAGGAAAGUAAGUUGCUAUAUGGAAGUCAUCCAUAAUAUAAUCCUUGUAAAUGGUUAAUUGUGUAAAUAUGGAAAAAAACUUUGCACUAACUGAAGCUUUUAACUGAUUCAUACACAUUUUGCUUCUUGCCGUCUUUGUUUUCCAAAGAGCUCGAGUGCAGGGCACCUUCAAGGUGAAGGUGCACAACCACAACAUGUCUUAAGGAACCUGGUAACUUGUUCCUUCCCACUUUAGGACACUGCUGUCCUUCUCCAAAGAAUGAAGUUUCCCUGCUGACUUAGAGAUGAGUAGUUAAGAAAUGCAGACUGAUCUCAAAAUUGUUGGAUUCUGAGUCUUCCUCUGCAUUUGUAAUGCAGGAGGACAACUCCACUGAACUGAAGGUGAAAAGUAACACCAAGUCUGCCCUGAGGAGUCUGCUCUAUUAACUUACCAAAAAAGGAUUUUAUUGGCCCUCAUUGAAAAAGAGUUUUCACUGCUGUUUUGAAUUAAAAUGAAAGAAUCACUGAUCACUGUGGAGAUCCUGGUAUGAAGCCUUUGCCAGUGGUAUUCAGUGAAUCAUAGUGGUUCCCAAGGGAAAAGACUAUACUUAACAAGGCCUCUUCUCUACAAGUCCACGCCUACAGCACAGACAGUGAGCUUGAGAAAUCUUCUGUUCUUUGAAAAGAAGUGGCUUCUUUAUCUGACCUAUCAGACAAAUCAAAUUGGCCUUAAAAAGACGAAAUUGGAUGCAGUUGUUAAGGAUUUAGGGCCGGUUAAAGAUGCGUCUUUUAUGAACAAAAUUUUUAUCAUUUGUUCGGGGCAGGUGAAAGAGGUGCUGUUAUCUCUAAAAGCAAUUUCAACACUCUGUUUUGACAUUUUGCCUCCUGCUGUUCUGGGAUGGGCAACAGAAGACAACUCCAGAACAUUAAUUCAAUUUGGUGCCCCUGCAAGAGUAUUUUAUAAAAUCUUAUUUCACCAUAAUUAUAGAAAUGGUAGUCUCCUUCCCCCACACAAAGGGGAGACAAGUUACAGUACUCAGUUAUGUUCUAAAGUCAUAAAAUCUCCCCCAAAAUUAUUUUGGGGUUAUUGAGCUGAUCCCUAUAUCUUGAGUAUUAUCAUGUCAAAAAUCAGGAGGGAGUCUUUGAAGAGUUUCUGUACUGACAAGUCAAAAUGGUUGACUGUCAUCACUUCCUAAUUCUACUAUAAAACUGUUGUUUUCUGAGUCUAGGGAAGAAAAAUGGCAAGGGAAGAAAAAUGGCAAGGGAUUUUUUCCACACUGUUUCUAGUAAUUAUUGUAUAGGAUUUACCUCAUGGUUUUCACAUGCUUUUGCCUUAUUUAUAUGAUCUUCUGAAAAAGUUGUGCUGUGUCAGAUAUAUUUAAUAUAAUAUAUUUAAUACACCUAGGAUGUCUUAAUACACCAUUCUUCAAGGUGCAGAUGGAGAGCUGUGAAUCUACUGGGAAGUUUUAGGCAUCCCAUUGGUGCCAGUACUUACAUUACUAAUGCUUCCAGUUGCAUGAUGCUUCCUGCAUUCAAUCUGGGCUUGUCUUCUUUCCUGAAAAGUGUUUUCUCCACUAUUUCUAAUUCCAGAAAUUCUAUGUGGAAUCUACUUUGUCUGUGAUAUCAGCCUGGAUUUUUUUUUCCCUUAUACACAGGCCUACAAAACUCAUGUCUUCAUAUGUGUAGUAAAACUUUCUUUUGAAAUUAUCUAGGAAUAAAGAUUGGUGGCUCCCUCUGCCAAA